AUGGAGGGAAAUAACUUGGAUGUGAGAAAAGGAGCUUGGACUAAAGAGGAAGAUGGUCUUCUGAACAAGUGCAUGGAGAAUCAUGGAGAAGGAAAGUGGCACGAGGUUCCUUACAAAGCAGGCUUAAACAGAUGCAGGAAGAGCUGUAGACUAAGGUGGUUGAACUAUUUGAAGCCAAAUAUCAAGAGAGGAGAGUUUACAGAGGAUGAAGUAGAUCUACUAAUUAGGCUUCACAAGCUUUUAGGAAACAGGUACCAAUAA